UGGGAUUUUCAAGAGUUUGGUUAGGCUCAUGAGUAUCAACGGCAGCUUCAAGGAGUCGUUUAACAACAGGGAAAGAUAUUUCUAUCCUAUUGGCUGGCUAUUACAGAACAGAAAUGUCCACGUGCUUCCUGGUUAUGAAAGGGAGCUAGAAGAGUGCAAGUUGCUGCACAAAACGGUAACCUCUGUACUAGAAACGCUUACAGGAAAGGGGGAACGGCAGAAGAGAACAACAAAUGACGAACCUAUUGAAGAACGUCCUGAUGGAAAGCUCCGAGAAUCCGUAGAAACUGACAGAUUCAUAGGGAACGACAAGUUUGUAGGUACCAAAGCUAGUGAUGGAACGACCCAAGAUCGAAGUGUGGAAAGAAAACCGAAACAAGAGGUUGCUACAAAUACAACACGUUCCCAUAACGAAAGAAAUAAGCGCAGAGGUUCUUCUGGAAGAGCAGAAACUUUUUCUAGUGCGGCUCCUCAACUACAGAAGAUUCCUCCGGGCUUUGAGAAGCUGGGCCUGAGAACAGAAGAGAAGUUAGAUAGACAUGCAGAAAAAGCACAUUUUGCUGGUCACUUGUCAGAGAGGACAAAGGAAGGUGUUUUUCAAUCUACUUUUCUAGAAAAAGGUGGAAGAUUUGCGAAGGGUCCAGAUGAAAACGUUUCUUUUCAACGACCUCACAGUCUUCUUUUAAAGGAAUGGAACCAAACUGAGGUCCCAGAGUCCAUGAGUUUUUUAGUUGAUCUAUCCCGGACUUAUUUUAUUCGAGAAAAUGUACGCAAAGUUAUGGAGAACGUACUUGCUGUUGUUCAAAGAAACUCUGCUUGCUCGGACUCUACAAAAGAAAGGAACGGCAAUAUAUCAGAAACUGAAACUCCAAAGUUGAAAACGACAGCAAAUAAUGUUACUUUUGAGUUGAGUACUGAGCCAUUGAUUUCCAAUAGCAGCGAAGUAACCGUUGAAGAUGAAGACAUCGAAAGAAUAGUCUUGACACCAGGCUUGCUCAUGAACUUGCCUUACGAUCACUCUAUAAGUACCUCAAGUUCAGUGAAACAGAGUCGGGUCACAAAAUGGACAGAAGAGUUGGAUGAACCAGCUUCACAAGAACAAACUAUUCUUCCAAACUCACAGCAUAGUCAAAGAACUGCUCCAGUUGAGUUGGAGAAAAACAUAGAUUCUUUCUUGGCUUCCGUCCGCAAAAGGACGCUUUCCAAAAAGACUAACAUGCAUCAUGCAACAGGAGGGCGUGUACUUCAUUGUGACAAUGAAGCUCAACCACAUACUUAUUCAGAGUCUUCCGAUGCACUUUUGAGUCAAAGCAGCCCAGUGAUGGAAGGAAACUUUCAACAGCAGAAUGGAUGGAAUGACAGAAAUAAUGAUUUCAGCAAGACCUGGAAACGUGCCAUAGCUCCUCCCAUAGCUUUAAUUGAUCCCGCUAUUUGUGAUGCAAAGAUAAAGACUCCAUCUAACUCUAUUGGGGUAGAAUCUGCUGGGUCGACUCAGGAUGCGAAAUAUCAUAGUCCUGUAUGGAAUCGACCUAUUGGCACAAAUAAUGGUGUUCACCAACACACGGACUCUAGUCAUUUGCUACUGAAUCUUCUUGGUGGAGGACAAGGACAUUCGAAUAGCAUUUCUCGCUGUCAGAAAGAUUCGAGUUUAGAGCAGAAUAUGAAAAUGUAUCCUUCAUCCUUGGUCCAUACUACUUCGCAAAUAGCUCAUCGUAAAAAGGCGGUUUAUGCGGAAGACUUGGAGCAAGCUCUGAUUGCGCAAACUUUAAAGUCAUCUCAGAAAGACGGAGAUUCAUCCAUGUCUUUAUUGAAAGAUGGUAUUGAGCAUUUGGAAGGAUCGUUCAUGUAACUAAAUGAACAAUUUGAUCGGAACCUUGUAUAAACGAAGCAAUAAAUGAAGAAUUCUUAUU